AUGCUUGUCUUCGCUCCUCUCUUCGCCAUGCCUCAUCCCCGUGCUCAUCCCCGUGCUCAUCCCCGUGCGUGCUCGUCCCAGUGCGCCGGCCACCUCAAACGCCCGUGCACGCUCCCACGACGUGUGCUGCACGCCGGAUGCCGCCCUGCCUGCGUGCCACCUGUCCAUCCACGACCGCUCUCAGCCGCCGCCAAGCGAGACGCCAUGUGUCUCAACAUACUGGAGGUGCUGCUAGCCAUGCCCAUGCCGCCCGCCCCCAAGCCGGGUGGCAAGAGGCGGGUGGCGGAGGAGGGGCAGGGCGGGGGCCAGCACGACCUCCUGCUCUCCACCUGGGCGCUGCCCGCCCCAACCUCUGGUGCGUGCGUGCUGCCUUGGGCUGGGUCCUCACCACUCCAUCUUCCCCCGUACUUGCCUUUCUUGCAUGUUGCUUGCUUCUGCUGCAUCUCCCUGGCCGCCGCCACCCUCUCACUCUCACUCUCUCUUCUUCUUUUCCCCCAAUCCCCGUGGAGUGCAGGGGGAGCGCAGCAGGGGGAGGCAAAGAAGAGUGUUGGGUCGCCUGCACAACCUCAUCCCACAUCUGCCCAAUCCCUUGCUGCUCAGGUGCACUCCUGCCCCUACGCACCCACCCAUCUCACCUCCUCUCACCUCCCCCCUACCUCGUCAUGUGCUACCCUCGACUUCCUCACGGCAUCGUACGAGCAGGGAGGGGCGUGUGCGGUGGCAGCGCUGGCGGCGCUGUUCCGGCUGGUGACGGAGCACGGCUUGGAGUGCCCGCACUACUACCCGCGCCUCUACCGCCUCCUUGACUCCUCCGUCUUUCGUGCCGCCCACCGUGCCAAGUUCUUUGAGCUGCUGGACGUGAGUCUAGCCUCCCCACUGCUCCCGGCGUACAUGGCAGCGGCGUGCACGAAGCAGCUGUUUCGCCUCUCACUCUCUGCGCCCCCCGCGGGCGCCAUAGUCGUGGUGGCGCUCGCCCACAACCUGCUGCGCCGCCACCCCUCCAUCGCCCCCCUCGUGCACCGCACCGCCCCGCCUGACACUCUCCAGGACAGCAGCAGUGGCGAGGAGGAUGAGGGGGAACAGAAGCACGGUGCGCAGCGAGAGCAGGACGGGCAGGAAGGACAGGACGGGGAUAAGAAGAAAGGACAGGAGGCAGGGAAUGGCAAGGGCGAGGAGGGCAGUGCUGAUGGGAAGGAGAGUACAGCUGAUGAGGAUGGAACGGGGAGAAAGGGCACGGAAGGGAAAGGAGGAGGAGGAGAGAGUGGAGAGAGGGCGGCAGGAGCAGGGGGGGAGGGAAGCAGAGCGGGGAGGCUAGUAGGGAGGGAUCCGUUUGACGAGGAUGCCACGGACCUCAUGGCUGCCCGCGCCCUUGACAGCAGCCUGUGGGAGGUGGAGGCACUGCAGCGCCACUACUGCCCCGCUGUCUCACGGUUCGUGGCAUCGUUGGAGAAGGACCUAUCGGAGCGCAGCAGCACGGUGGAGCUCAACGUCGCUGACUUCUCCUCCGCCUCCUAUGCCACCAUCAUGGCCGACGAGGUGGUGCCACGGCUGUGCCACCUGGAGGACUUUCACGAGUCGUCGACGGGCGAGGCGGGCGUGCGGCCCGUGGCGCUGGCGGUGCGCGUGGUGGAGGACGGGCACGGCAAGCAGCUGGCGGACCUGCUCAUGGCCACCGUCGAGGCGUCAGCGCAGGUCGAGGACCUCGAGACCCAAGCCGGCCGGGCCGCCAUGGUGGCGCUGGCGCUCGCGCUGCUGGUGGAGUUCGCGACGGGCAACGGCAUCUUCAGCGCCGUCGACCGCAGCGCGCUGCUCCCCGCGCUCUCGCUGGGCAUUGGCGCAGCCUCGGUGUCGGCGGGUUACGCCGUGGCGUGGCGGUCGAAGCGGCACGUGUCGGACAUCCUGGCGCGCGGGUGCUUGCACUGGCUGGACGCCGCCGUCGACCACCUCAUCGACGGCGUCUUCGACGCGCGCCCCACCGCGCACCACGCGCCGCCGCACCGGGACUAG